AUGCUCACCUACGAAGAAAGUAAAACCAGCGCCGUCGACAAGACUGCUGUGCCGCCGUCUCACGAUGUUAAAGGACAGGAAGUCACCAUUGACGGUAGGGUCGAGUCGGUUUUGCUAUCAGAGCACGCCGGGCAGAUACACCUGGAGCUUCGAGCUCAGGAGAGUGCGGUGCGUGCUAUAAUCAGUAUUGAUACCGUCGCCAAGGAAAUAUGGGAUAAGACUCAGGCCGUGACGGUAAAAUCCCUCGUCCGGGUCACAGGCUACUUUACGGCGCAGGUUCGUGAGAACGGUCAAGACAAUGCCCAUGCUACCUCUGCACCAGUCCACGUAUCAACCCUUGACGUCAUAGCUUUGGCAUCGCUAGACUUACCGUCGCCCUCGUGCCCCGGAGAGAAAAUAUCGCUUUCCAGCGCAGGUCUCGAAGCACGACUCAGCAACCGCAUUCUGGAUGUGAGAUCGGCCGCGUCCGGGGCCGUCUUCAAGCUCCAUUCGGGCAUGUGCCAACUGGUUGUCGAGUUUCUCUGCUCCAACAAUUUCCAUUGGAUUCAUACCCCACGUAUCAUCAGUGCCACUAUCCCCGGCGAUAAUGAGUACUUUCACCUCCCAUAUUUUGGCAAGGAUGCGUGGCUAACCCAGAGCACGCAACACCACAAACAAAUGGCACUGUCCAUGGACAUGCAGCGUGUGUUUGAGAUUGGUCCGGUGUUCCGAGCUGAGGUCAGGUCCAGCAGCUCUACCAGGCAUGUUACUGAGUUCACUGUCCUUGACAUUGCCAUGGCUUUUCACGACGACUACCAUGAAGUGGUCGACUUGAUUGAGUCCAUGGUAGUGUUCGUUUUGAGCGAAAUGCAGCGACGAGAGCAGUACAGACAUCUUAUCGAGGCAGUUCAAAAGAUAUAUCCCCAUGCGCGACCAUUCCUUGUGGGCCUAGACGAGCACAGCAAGGUCAUACGCACCACUUUUUUGGAGGCAAAGCGCAUCUUGCGUGAGGAACUCAGCAUCGCUUCGGAGGACAGCAAGAAUUUCACAGACCAAGAAGAAGCUGCCCUUGGGAGAUACUUCCGAGAGCGCGCUGCUACCGAUCUGUUUACCAUUGAGCAGUACCCUGCCUCUAUGCGCCAGUUCAACUCGCAGGCCAACCCAGCCUCGCCGGGGCUCUCCAAUACAUGGGAUAUGAUAGUCGGCGGGCGAGAGAUUUGCUCCGGCAGCCAGCGCAUUCAUUUGUAUACUGAAUUAUGCGACGCGAUGCGUGUUAAUGUGUGUGGUCCACCAUUGGAUCCCGAAGAUAAGCAGUGGCAGCCGUACCUUGCCGCAUUCAGAGCUGGUAUGCCGCCUCAUGGUGGUUGUGGACUGGGCUUAAACAGACUGCUCCAGAGUUUCCUCGGGUUAGAUGAUGUGCGCGAGGUCAUUCUCUUUCCGAGAGACGUGAACCGGCUGCGACCAUGA